CUGCCAGCUCAGCAUCUCGGUAUCCGAGGCAGCGCUUCCAGAAGCAGCAGCAGCGUCAGCGGAAGGAGAGAAGGAAGCUUCACAGCAAGUGCAGCCGGAGUGGAAGAGGAAGCAGGGAGCGCAGCAGAGGCAGCGGGCGGUGAGGCAGAGGGUACGAAGGGGGUGAGAGGAGAGGCGGCGGCACCAGCAGCGCGGGCAGCAGCGGAGGCGAAUCCAGCGAGGAUGUUUUUCUCGUCUGUGAGCGUGGACCGCGCAGGGCACCACAGGAAUGAUGCUGCCUGGCUCCAGGAGGCUCUUGGCAAGCCAACCACCGUGGUGAUCCCAUGGAGCCACGGCCAGUCAUUAGUCAGGGAUGGCCGGGCAGUGCUUGCCUCGCCUGCUCACAUCAUCGUCAACCCCGCCACCACCACUGCACCUCACGAAGUUGCUGCCUCUGAUGGCGCUGCUGAUGCUGCCAGCAACAGUACCACCGCCACCACCACCACCAGCAGCAGUGCAGGCGGCACGGGAGUGGAGCCGUUUUGCUUCCUCGGUCUCCUCAUGCCGUCAGGCCACGCUGCCUUCGCUGUCGCCGUUGAGUCUGCACCAUCUCCUGAAGACACCUCUUCCGCGCCUCUCCCCGCCUACAACCCCCCUGAGGGCGCGCAGUGGGUGUCUCUGCGCACCCAGGGGCCAUCGCUGCCUGCCUUCGAUGCGGGGCUGCUGGCAUACGCCAAUGGACUCAUGGACUGGCACAGCCGGCAUCGCUUCUGCUCGCAGUGCGCAGCGCCUCUCAUCCCAGCAGAGGGGGGCUACGCCAGACGCUGCACCAACUCCCUCCACCCCCCUCUUGCCGUGCCUGCUGCCGCUGUGCCUCCCGCCCCUGCUGCUGCUGCUGGGCUGGUGACAGCAGCGGAUAGUGGCAGCACAGCACAGCCCGCAUCACCAUCUGCACCACCAUCGGCAGCACCAGCAGCGUCGCCUGCUGGGAAGCCCAAGUGCUCCUCGAAAAUCAUCUUCCCCCGCCUCGACCCGGCAGUGAUCAUGUGCGUCUCGUGGGGUGACUACGUGCUGCUGGGCCGGCAGUCGCGCUGGCCCCAGGGGCGCUACUCGGUGCUGGCGGGGUUCGUGGAGGUGGGGGAGGCGUUUGAGAUGGCCGUGGUGCGCGAGGUGUGGGAGGAGGCACGUGUGCAUGUCGAUGCGGACACCAUCAGCCAGUCAUGGCGCUUCCCACCUCUCCCUUCUCUCAUACCCAUCCUCCUCAUCAGAUACCACGCCAGCCAGCCAUGGCCCUUCCCCUCCUCCCUAAUGGUCGCCUUCACAGCGCAAGCCCUGCCAUCCGGCCCACCAGCCAUGGCCCUGUCACAGCCGGACUACGGGCUCACGGGGGAGGAGAGGGGCGCUGCCCUGGUGCCGUGGCAGCAGCUGCCUGUCGUGCGCACCGACACCAACGAGCUGGAGUUGGACGUGGGGCAUGGGUCUGAUGCCUGGCCGUCCGGCCCUCUGAUCCUCCGGCCAUGGCUUUUCCCUACCCUGCUGCUGUGCCUCCUACUCCCUCUUCCUCUUUCCUCUUCCUCUUUCCUCUUCCUCUUUCCUCUUCCUCAUUCCUCUUCCUCUUUCCUCUUCCUCUUUCCUCUUCCUCUUUCCUCUUCCUCUUUCCUCUUCCUCUUUCCUCUUCCUCUUUCCUCUUCCUCUUUCCUCUUCCUCAUUCCUCUUCCUCUUUCCUCUUCCUCAUUCCUCUUCCUCUUUUCUCUUCCUCUUUCCUCUUCCUCAUUCCUCUUCCUCUUUCCUCUUCCUCAUUCCUCUUCCUCUUUCCUCUUCCUCUUUCCUCUUCCUCUUUCCUCUUCCUCUUUCCUCUUCCUCUUUCCUCUUCCUCUUUCCUCUUCCCCUUUCCUCUUCCUCUUUCCUCUUCCUCUUUCCUCUUCCUCUUUCCUCUUCCUCUUUCCUCGUCCUCUUUCCUCUUUCCUCUUUCCUCUUCCUCUUUCCUCUUCCUCAUUCCUCUUCCCCUUUCCUCUUCCUCAUUCCUCUUCCUCUUUCCUCUUCCUCUUUCCUCUUCCUCAUUCCUCUUCCUCUUUCCUCUUCCUCUUUCCUCUUCCUCUUUCCUCUUCCUCUUUCCUCUUCCUCUUUCCUCUUCCUCUUUCCUCUUCCUCAUUCCUCUUCCUCUUUCCUCUUCCUCUUUCCUCUUCCUCAUUCCUCUUCCUCUUUCCUCUUCCUCUUUCCUCUUCCUCUUUCCUCUUCCUCUUUCCUCUUCCUCUUUCCUCUUCCUCUUUCCUCUUUCCUCUUUCCUCUUUCCUCUUUCCUCUUUCCUCUUUCCUCAUUCCUCUUCCUCUUUCCUCUUCCUCUUUCCUCUUCCUCUUUCCUCUUUCCUCUUCCUCUUUCCUCUUUCCUCUUCCUCUUUCCUCUUCCUCUUUCCUCUUCCUCAUUCCUCUUCCUCUUUCCUCUUCCUCUUUCCUCUUCCUCAUUCCUCUUCCUCUUUCCUCUUCCUCUUUCCUCUUCCUCUUUCCUCUUCCUCUUUCCUCUUCCUCUUUCCUCGUCCUCUUUCCUCUUUCCUCUUUCCUCGUCCUCUUUCCUCUUCCUCUUUCCUCUUCCCCUUUCCUCUUCCUCUUUCCUCUUCCCCUUUCCUCUUCCUCUUUCCUCUUCCUCAUUCCUCUUCCUCUUUCCUCUUCCUCAUUCCUCUUCCUCUUUCCUCUUCCUCUUUCCUCUUCCUCUUUCCUCUUCCUCUUUCCUCUUCCACUUUCCUCUUCCUCUUUCCUCUUCCUCUUUCCCCUUCCUCUUUCCUCUUCCUCUUUCCUCUUCCUCAUUCCUCUUCCUCUUUUCUCUUCCUCUUUCCUCUUCCUCUUUUCUCUUCCUCUUUCCUCUUCCUCUUUCCUCUUCCUCUUUCCUCUUCCUCUUUCCUCUUCCUCUUUCCUCUUCCUCUUUCCUCUUCCUCUUUCCUCUUCCCCUUUCCUCUUCCUCUUUCCUCUUCCUCUUUCCUCUUCCUCUUUCCUCUUCCUCUUUCCUCGUCCUCUUUCCUCUUUCCUCUUUCCUCUUCCUCUUUCCUCUUCCUCUUUCCUCUUCCUCAUUCCUCUUCCUCUUUCCUCUUCCUCUUCCUCUUCCUCUUUCCUCUUCCUCUCUCCUCUUCCACUUUCCUCUUCCUCUUUCCUCUUCCUCAUUCCUCUUCCUCUUUCCUCUUCCUCUUUCCUCUUCCUCAUUCUCUUCCUCUUUCCUCUUCCUCUUUCCUCUUCCUCUUUCCUCUUCCUCUUUCCUCUUCCUCUUUCCUCUUCCUCUUUCCUCUUUCCUCUUUCCUCUUUCCUCUUUCCUCUUUCCUCUUUCCUCAUUCCUCUUCCUCUUUCCUCUUCCUCUUUCCUCUUCCUCUUUCCUCUUUCCUCUUCCUCUUUCCUCUUUCCUCUUCCUCUUUCCUCUUCCUCUUUCCUCUUCCUCAUUCCUCUUCCUCUUUCCUCUUCCUCUUUCCUCUUCCUCAUUCCUCUUCCUCUUUCCUCUUCCUCUUUCCUCUUCCUCUUUCCUCUUCCUCUUUCCUCUUCCUCUUUCCUCGUCCUCUUUCCUCUUUCCUCUUUCCUCGUCCUCUUUCCUCUUCCUCUUUCCUCUUCCCCUUUCCUCUUCCUCUUUCCUCUUCCCCUUUCCUCUUCCUCUUUCCUCUUCCUCAUUCCUCUUCCUCUUUCCUCUUCCUCAUUCCUCUUCCUCUUUCCUCUUCCUCUUUCCUCUUCCUCUUUCCUCUUCCUCUUUCCUCUUCCACUUUCCUCUUCCUCUUUCCUCUUCCUCUUUCCCCUUCCUCUUUCCUCUUCCUCUUUCCUCUUCCUCAUUCCUCUUCCUCUUUUCUCUUCCUCUUUCCUCUUCCUCUUUUCUCUUCCUCUUUCCUCUUCCUCUUUCCUCUUCCUCUUUCCUCUUCCUCUUUCCUCUUCCUCUUUCCUCUUCCUCUUUCCUCUUCCUCUUUCCUCUUCCCCUUUCCUCUUCCUCUUUCCUCUUCCUCUUUCCUCUUCCUCUUUCCUCUUCCUCUUUCCUCGUCCUCUUUCCUCUUUCCUCUUUCCUCUUCCUCUUUCCUCUUCCUCUUUCCUCUUCCCCUUUCCUCUUCCUCAUUCCUCUUCCUCUUUCCUCUUCCUCUUUCCUCUUCCUCAUUCCUCUUCCUCUUUCCUCUUCCUCUUUCCUCUUCCUCUUUCCUCUUCCUCUCUCCUCUUCCACUUUCCUCUUCCUCUUUCCUCUUCCUCAUUCCUCUUCCUCUUUCCUCUUCCUCUUUCCUCUUCCUCAUUCCUCUUCCUCUUUCCUCUUCCUCUUUCCUCUUCCUCUUUCCUCUUCCUCUUUCCUCUUCCUCUUUCCUCUUCCUCUUUCCUCUUUCCUCUUUCCUCUUUCCUCUUUCCUCUUUCCUCUUUCCUCAUUCCUCUUCCUCUUUCCUCUUCCUCUUUCCUCUUCCUCUUUCCUCUUUCCUCUUCCUCUUUCCUCUUUCCUCUUUCCUCUUCCUCUUUCCUCUUCCUCUUUCCUCUUCCUCAUUCCUCUUCCUCUUUCCUCUUCCUCUUUCCUCUUCCUCAUUCCUCUUCCUCUUUCCUCUUCCUCUUUCCUCUUCCUCUUUCCUCUUCCUCUUUCCUCUUCCUCUUUCCUCGUCCUCUUUCCUCUUUCCUCUUUCCUCGUCCUCUUUCCUCUUCCUCUUUCCUCUUCCCCUUUCCUCUUCCUCAUUCCUCUUCCUCUUUCCUCUUCCUCUUUCCUCUUCCUCAUUCCUCUUCCUCUUUCCUCUUCCUCUUUCCUCUUCCUCUUUCCUCUUCCUCUUUCCUCUUCCUCUUUCCUCUUCCUCUUUCCUCUUCCACUUUCCUCUUCCUCUUUCCUCUUCCUCUUUCCUCUUCCUCUUUCCUCUUCCUCAUUCCUCUUCCUCUUUCCUCUUCCUCUUUCCUCUUCCUCAUUCCUCUUCCUCUUUCCUCUUCCUCUUUCCUCUUCCUCUUUCCUCUUCCUCUUUCCUCUUCCUCUUUCCUCUUCCUCAUUCCUCUUCCUCUUUCCUCUUCCUCUUUCCUCUUCCUCUUUCCUAUUCCUCUUUCCUCUUCCUCUUUCCUCUUCCUCUUUCCUCUUCCUCUUUCCUCUUCCUCAUUCCUCUUCCUCUUUCCUCUUCCUCAUUCCUCUUCCUCUUUCCUCUUCCUCAUUCCUCUUCCUCUUUCCUCUUCCUCUUUCCUCUUCCUCUUUCCUCUUCCUCUUUCCUCUUCCUCUUUCCUCUUCCUCUUUCCUCUUCCUCUUUCCUCUUCCCCUUUCCUCUUCCUCAUUCCUCUUCCUCUUUCCUCUUCCCCUUUCCUCUUCCUCAUUCCUCUUCCUCUUUCCUCUUCCUCUUUCCUCUUCCUCUUUCCUCUUCCUCUUUCCUCUUCCCCUUUCCUCUUCCUCAUUCCUCUUCCUCAUUCCUCUUCCUCUUUCCUCUUCCUCUUUCCUCUUCCUCUUUCCUCUUCCUCUUUCCUCUUCCUCUUUCCUCUUCCUCUUUCCUCUUCCUCAUUCCUCUUCCUCUUUCCUCUUCCUCUUUCCUCUUCCUCAUUCCUCUUCCUCUUUCCUCUUCCUCUUUCCUCUUCCUCUUUCCUCUUCCUCUUUCCUCUUCCACUUUCCUCUUCCUCUUUCCUCUUCCUCUUUCCUCUUCCUCUUCUUCCUCUUCCUCAUUCCUCUUCCUCUUUCCUCUUCCUCUUUCCUCUUCCUCAUUCCUCUUCCUCUUUCCUCUUCCUCAUUCCUCUUCCUCUUUCCUCUUCCUCUUUCCUCUUCCUCAUUCCUCUUCCUCUUUCCUCUUCCACUUUCCUCUUCCUCUUUCCUCUUCCUCUUUCCUCUUCCUCUUUCCUCUUCCUCUUUCCUCUUCCUCUUUCCUCUUCCUCUUUCCUCUUCCUCUUUCCUCUUCGUCUUUCCUCUUCCUCAUUCCUCUUCCUCUUUCCUCUUCCUCUUUCCUCUUCCUCAUUCCUCUUCCUCUUUCCUCUUCCUCUUUCCUCUUCCUCUUUCCUCUUCCUCUUUCCUCUUCCUCUUUCCUCUUCCUCUUUCCUCUUCCUCAUUCCUCUUCCUCUUUCCUCUUCCUCUUUCCUCUUCCUCUUUCCUCUUCCUCUUUCCUCUUCCUCUUUCCUCUUCCUCUUUCCUCUUCCCCUUUCCUCUUCCUCAUUCCUCUUCCUCUUUCCUCUUCCUCAUUCCUCUUCCUCAUUCCUCUUCCUCUUUCCUCUUCCUCUUUCCUCUUCCUCUUUCCUCUUCCUCUUUCCUCUUCCUCUUUCCUCUUCCUCUUUCCUCUUCCUCAUUCCUCUUCCUCUUUCCUCUUCCUCUUUCCUCUUCCUCAUUCCUCUUCCUCUUUCCUCUUCCUCUUUCCUCUUCCUCUUUCCUCUUCCUCUUUCCUCUUCCUCUUUCCUCUUCCUCAUUCCUCUUCCUCUUUCCUCUUCCUCUUUCCUCUUCCUCAUUCCUCUUCCUCUUUCCUCUUCCUCUUUCCUCUUCCUCUUUCCUCUUCCUCUUUCCUCUUCCUCUUUCCUCUUUCCUCUUUCCUCUUCCUCUUUCCUCUUCCUCAUUCCUCUUCCUCUUUCCUCUUCCUCUUUCCUCUUCCUCUUUCCUCUUCCUCUUUCCUCUUCCUCUUUCCUCUUCCUCUUUCCUCUUCCUCAUUCCUCUCUUCCUCUUCCUCUUCCUCUUCCUCUUCCUCUUUCCUCUUCCUCUUUCCUCUUCCACUUUCCUCUUCCUCUUUCCUCUUCCUCUUUCCUCUUCCUCUUUCCUCUUCCUCUUUCCUCUUCCUCUUUCCUCUUCCUCUUUCCUCUUCCUCUUUCCUCGUCCUCUUUCCUCUUUCCUCUUUCCUCGUCCUCUUUCCUCUUCCUCUUUCCUCUUCCCCUUUCCUCUUCCUCAUUCCUCUUCCUCUUUCCUCUUCCUCUUUCCUCUUCCUCAUUCCUCUUCCUCUUUCCUCUUCCUCUUUCCUCUUCCUCUUUCCUCUUCCUCUUUCCUCUUCCUCUUUCCUCUUCCUCUUUCCUCUUCCACUUUCCUCUUCCUCUUUCCUCUUCCUCUUUCCUCUUCCUCUUUCCUCUUCCUCAUUCCUCUUCCUCUUUCCUCUUCCUCUUUCCUCUUCCUCAUUCCUCUUCCUCUUUCCUCUUCCUCUUUCCUCUUCCUCUUUCCUCUUCCUCUCUUCCUCUUCUCUUUCCUCUUCCUCAUUCCUCUUCCUCUUUCCUCUUCCUCUUUCCUCUUCCUCUUUCCUAUUCCUCUUUCCUCUUCCUCUUUCCUCUUCCUCUUUCCUCUUCCUCUUUCCUCUUCCUCAUUCCUCUUCCUCUUUCCUCUUCCUCAUUCCUCUUCCUCUUUCCUCUUCCUCAUUCCUCUUCCUCUUUCCUCUUCCUCUUUCCUCUUCCUCUUUCCUCUUCCUCUUUCCUCUUCCUCUUUCCUCUUCCUCUUUCCUCUUCCUCUUUCCUCUUCCCCUUCCUCUUCCUCAUUCCUCUUCCUCUUUCCUCUUCCCCUUUCCUCUUCCUCAUUCCUCUUCCUCUUUCCUCUUCCUCUUUCCUCUUCCUCUUUCCUCUUCCUCUUUCCUCUUCCCCUUUCCUCUUCCUCAUUCCUCUUCCUCAUUCCUCUUCCUCUUUCCUCUUCCUCUUUCCUCUUCCUCUUUCCUCUUCCUCUUUCCUCUUCCUCUUUCCUCUUCCUCUUUCCUCUUCCUCAUUCCUCUUCCUCUUUCCUCUUCCUCUUUCCUCUUCCUCAUUCCUCUUCCUCUUUCCUCUUCCUCUUUCCUCUUCCUCUUUCCUCUUCCUCUUUCCUCUUCCCUUUCCUCUUCCUCUUUCCUCUUCCUCUUUCCUCUUCCUCUUUCCUCUUCCUCAUUCCUCUUCCUCUUUCCUCUUCCUCUUUCCUCUUCCUCAUUCCUCUUCCUCUUUCCUCUUCCUCAUUCCUCUUCCUCUUUCCUCUUCCUCUUUCCUCUUCCUCAUUCCUCUUCCUCUUUCCUCUUCCACUUUCCUCUUCCUCUUUCCUCUUCCUCUUUCCUCUUCCUCUUUCCUCUUCCUCUUUCCUCUUCCUCUUUCCUCUUCCUCUUUCCUCUUCCUCUUUCCUCUUCGUCUUUCCUCUUCCUCAUUCCUCUUCCUCUUUCCUCUUCCUCUUUCCUCUUCCUCUUCUUCCUCUUUCCUCUUCCUCUUUCCUCUUCCUCUUUCCUCUUCCUCUUUCCUCUUCCUCAUUUCCUCUUCCUCUUUCCUCUUCCUCUUCCUCUUCCUCUUUCCUCUUCCUCUUUCCUCUUCCUCUUUCCUCUUCCUCUUUCCUCUUCCUCUUUCCUCUUCCUCUUUCCUCUUCCUCCUUUCCUCUUCCUCUUUCCUCUUCCUCUUUCCUCUUCCUCAUUCCUCUUCCUCAUUCCUCUUCCUCUUUCCUCUUCCUCUUCCUCUUCCUCUUUCCUCUUCCUCUUUCCUCUUCCUCUUUCCUCUUCCUCUUUCCUCUUCCUCAUUCCUCUUCCUCUUUCCUCUUCCUCUUUCCUCUUCCUCAUUCCUCUUCCUCUUUCCUCUUCCUCUUUCCUCUUCCUCUUUCCUCUUCCUCUUUCCUCUUCCUCUUUCCUCUUCCUCAUUCCUCUUCCUCUUCCUCUUCCUCUUCCUCUUCUCAUCCUCUUCCUCUUCCUCUUCCUCUUUCCUCUUCCUCUUCCUCUUCCUCUUCCUCUUCCUCUUUCCUCUUUCCUCUUUCCUCUUCCUCUUUCCUCUUCCUCAUUCCUCUUCCUCUUUCCUCUUCCUCUUUCCUCUUCCUCUUUCCUCUUCCUCUUUCCUCUUCCACUUUCCUCUUCCUCUUUCCUCUUCCUCUUUCCUCUCCUCAUUCCUCUUCCUCUUUCCUCUUCCUCUUUCCUCUUCCUCUUUCCUCUUCCUCUUUCCUCUUCCUCUUUCCUCUUCCUCUUUCCUCUUCCUCAUUCCUCUUCCUCUUUCCUCUUCCUCUUUCCUCUUCCUCUUUCCUCUUCCUCUUUCCUCUUCCUCUUUCCUCUUCCUCUUUCCUCUUCCCCUUUCCUCUUCCUCAUUCCUCUUCCUCUUUCCUCUUCCUCAUUCCUCUUCCUCAUUCCUCUUCCUCUUUCCUCUUCCUCUUUCCUCUUCCUCUUUCCUCUUCCUCUUUCCUCUUCCUCUUUCCUCUUCCUCUUUCCUCUUCCUCAUUCCUCUUCCUCUUUCCUCUUCCUCUUUCCUCUUCCUCUUUCCUCUUCCACUUUCCUCUUCCUCUUUCCUCUUCCUCUUUCCUCUUCCUCUUUCCUCUUCCUCAUUCCUCUUCCUCUUUCCUCUUCCUCUUUCCUCUUCCUCAUUCCUCUUCCUCUUUCCUCUUCCUCUUUCCUCUUCCUCUUUCCUCUUCCUCUUUCCUCUUCCUCUUUCCUCUUCCUCAUUCCUCUUCCUCUUUCCUCUUCCUCUUUCCUCUUCCUCUUUCCUAUUCCUCUUUCCUCUUCCUCUUUCCUCUUCCUCUUUCCUCUUCCUCUUUCCUCUUCCUCAUUCCUCUUCCUCUUUCCUCUUCCUCAUUCCUCUUCCUCUUUCCUCUUCCUCAUUCCUCUUCCUCUUUCCUCUUCCUCUUUCCUCUUCCUCUUUCCUCUUCCUCUUUCCUCUUCCUCUUUCCUCUUCCUCUUUCCUCUUCCUCUUUCCUCUUCCCCUUUCCUCUUCCUCAUUCCUCUUCCUCUUUCCUCUUCCCCUUUCCUCUUCCUCAUUCCUCUUCCUCUUUCCUCUUCCUCUUUCCUCUUCCUCUUUCCUCUUCCUCUUUCCUCUUCCCCUUUCCUCUUCCUCAUUCCUCUUCCUCAUUCCUCUUCCUCUUUCCUCUUCCUCUUUCCUCUUCCUCUUUCCUCUUCCUCUUUCCUCUUCCUCUUUCCUCUUCCUCUUUCCUCUUCCUCAUUCCUCUUCCUCUUUCCUCUUCCUCUUUCCUCUUCCUCAUUCCUCUUCCUCUUUCCUCUUCCUCUUUCCUCUUCCUCUUUCCUCUUCCUCUUUCCUCUUCCACUUUCCUCUUCCUCUUUCCUCUUCCUCUUUCCUCUUCCUCUUUCCUCUUCCUCAUUCCUCUUCCUCUUUCCUCUUCCUCUUUCCUCUUCCUCAUUCCUCUUCCUCUUUCCUCUUCCUCAUUCCUCUUCCUCUUUCCUCUUCCUCUUUCCUCUUCCUCAUUCCUCUUCCUCUUUCCUCUUCCACUUUCCUCUUCCUCUUUCCUCUUCCUCUUCCUCUUCCUCUUUCCUCUUCCUCUUUCCUCUUCCUCUUUCCUCUUCCUCUUUCCUCUUCCUCUUUCCUCUUCGUCUUUCCUCUUCCUCAUUCCUCUUCCUCUUUCCUCUUCCUCUUUCCUCUUCCUCAUUCCUCUUCCUCUUUCCUCUUCCUCUUUCCUCUUCCUCUUUCCUCUUCCUCUUUCCUCUUCCUCUUUCCUCUUCCUCUUUCCUCUUCCUCAUUCCUCUUCCUCUUCCUCUUCCUCUUUCCUCUUCCUCUUUCCUCUUCCUCUUUCCUCUUCCUCUUUCCUCUUCCUCUUUCCUCUUCCCCUUUCCUCUUCCUCAUUCCUCUUCCUCUUUCCUCUUCCUCAUUCCUCUUCCUCAUUCCUCUUCCUCUUUCCUCUUCCUCUUUCCUCUUCCUCUUUCCUCUUCCUCUUUCCUCUUCCUCUUUCCUCUUCCUCUUUCCUCUUCCUCAUUCCUCUUCCUCUUUCCUCUUCCUCUUUCCUCUUCCUCAUUCCUCUUCCUCUUUCCUCUUCCUCUUUCCUCUUCCUCUUUCCUCUUCCUCUUUCCUCUUCCUCUUUCCUCUUCCUCAUUCCUCUUCCUCUUUCCUCUUCCUCUUUCCUCUUCCUCAUUCCUCUUCCUCUUUCCUCUUCCUCUUUCCUCUUCCUCUUUCCUCUUCCUCUUUCCUCUUUCCUCUUUCCUCUUCCUCUUUCCUCUUCCUCUUUCCUCUUCCCCUUUCCUCUUCCCCUUUCCUCUUCCUCAUUCCUCUUCCUCUUUCCUCUUCCUCUUUCCUCUUCCUCAUUCCUCUUCCUCUUUCCUCUUCCUCUUUCCUCUUCCUCUUUCCUCUUCCUCUUUCCUCUUCCACUUUCCUCUUCCUCUUUCCUCUUCCUCUUUCCUCUUCCUCUUUCCUCUUCCUCAUUCCUCUUCCUCUUUCCUCUUCCUCUUUCCUCUUCCUCAUUCCUCUUCCUCUUUCCUCUUCCUCUUUCCUCUUCCUCUUUCCUCUUCCUCUUUCCUCUUCCUCUUUCCUCUUCCUCUUUCCUCUUUCCUCUUUCCUCUUUCCUCUUUCCUCUUUCCUCAUUCCUCUUCCUCUUUCCUCUUCCUCUUUCCUCUUCCUCAUUCCUCUUCCUCUUUCCUCUUCCUCUUUCCUCUUCCUCUUUCCUCUUCCUCUUUCCUCUUCCACUUUCCUCUUCCUCUUUCCUCUUCCUCAUUCCUCUUCCUCUUUCCUCUUCCUCUUUCCUCUUCCUCAUUCCUCUUCCUCUUUCCUCUUCCUCAUUCCUCUUCCUCUUUCCUCUUCCUCUUUCCUCUUCCUCAUUCCUCUUCCUCUUUCCUCUUCCUCUUUCCUCUUCCUCUUUCCUCUUCCUCUUUCCUCUUCCACUUUCCUCUUCCUCUUUCCUCUUCCUCUUUCCUCUUCCUCUUUCCUCUUCCUCAUUCCUCUUCCUCUUUCCUCUUCCUCUUUCCUCUUCCUCUUUCCUCUUCCUCUUUCCUCUUCCUCUUUCCUCUUCCUCUUUCCUCUUUCCUCUUUCCUCUUUCCUCUUUCCUCUUUCCUCUUUCCUCAUUCCUCUUCCUCUUUCCUCUUCCUCUUUCCUCUUCCUCUUUCCUCUUUCCUCUUCCUCUUUCCUCUUUCCUCUUUCCUCUUCCUCUUUCCUCUUCCUCUUUCCUCUUCCUCAUUCCUCUUCCUCUUUCCUCUUCCUCUUUCCUCUUCCUCAUUCCUCUUCCUCUUUCCUCUUCCUCUUUCCUCUUCCUCUUUCCUCUUCCUCUUUCCUCUUCCUCUUUCCUCGUCCUCUUUCCUCUUUCCUCUUUCCUCUUCCUCUUUCCUCUUCCUCUUUCCUCUUCCUCAUUCCUCUUCCUCUUUCCUCUUCCUCAUUCCUCUUCCUCUUUCCUCUUCCUCUUUCCUCUUCCUCAUUCCUCUUCCUCUUUCCUCUUCCACUUUCCUCUUCCUCUUUCCUCUUCCUCUUUCCUCUUCCUCUUUCCUCUUCCUCUUUCCUCUUCCUCUUUCCUGUUCCUCUUUCCUCUUCCUCUUUCCUCUUCCUCUUUCCUCUUCCUCAUUCCUCUUCCUCUUUCCUCUUCCUCUUUCCUCUUCCUCAUUCCUCUUCCUCUUUCCUCUUCCUCUUUCCUCUUCCUCUUUCCUCUUCCUCUUUCCUCUUCCUCUUUCCUCUUCCUCUUUCCUCUUCCUCAUUCCUCUUCCUCUUUCCUCUUCCUCUUUCCUCUUCCUCAUUCCUCUUCCUCUUUCCUCUUCCUCUUUCCUCUUCCUCUUUCCUCUUCCUCUUUCCUCUUCCUCUUUCCUCUUCCUCUUUCCUCUUCCUCAUUCCUCUUCCUCUUUCUCUUCCUCUUUCCUCUUCCUCAUUCCUCUUCCUCUUUCCUCUUCCUCUUUCCUCUUCCUCUUUCCUCUUCCUCUUUCCUCUUCCUCUUUUCCUCUUCCUCAUUCCUCUUCCUCUUUCCUCUUCCUCUUUCCUCUUCCUCAUUCCUCUUCCUCUUUCCUCUUCCUCUUUCCUCUUCCUCUUUCCUCUUCCUCUUUCCUCUUCCUCUUUCCUCUUUCCUCUUUCCUCUUCCUCUUUCCUCUUCCUCUUUCCUCUUCCCCUUUCCUCUUCCCUUUCCUCUUCCUCAUUCCUCUUCCUCUUUCCUCUUCCUCUUUCCUCUUCCUCAUUCCUCUUCCUCUUUCCUCUUCCUCUUUCCUCUUCCUCUUUCCUCUUCCUCUUUCCUCUUCCACUUUCCUCUUCCUCUUUCCUCUUCCUCUUUCCUCUUCCUCUUUCCUCUUCCUCAUUCCUCUUCCUCUUUCCUCUUCCUCUUUCCUCUUCCUCAUUCCUCUUCCUCUUUCCUCUUCCUCUUUCCUCUUCCUCUUUCCUCUUCCUCUUUCCUCCUCCUCUUUCCUCUUCCUCUUUCCUCUUUCCUCUUUCCUCUUUCCUCUUUCCUCAUUCCUCUUCCUCUUUCCUCUUCCUCUUUCCUCUUCUCUUCUCUUUCCUCUUUCCUCUUCCUCUUCCUCUUUCUCUUCCUCUUUCCUCUUCCUCUUCCUCUUUCCUCUUUCCUCUUCCUCUUUCCUCUUCCUCUUUCCUCUUCCUCUUUCCUCUUCCUCUUUCCUCUUCCUCUUUCCUCUUCCUCUUUCCUCUUCCUCUUUCCUCUUCCUCUUUCCUCUUCCUCAUUCCUCUUCCUCUUUCCUCUUCCUCUUUCCUCUUCCUCUUUCCUCUUCCUCUUUCCUCUUCCUCUUCCUCUUCCUCUUUCCUCUUCCUCUUUCCUCUUCCUCUUUCCUCUUCCUCUUUCCUCUUCCUCUUUCCUCUUCCUCUUUCCUCUUCCUCUUUCCUCUUCCUCAUUCCUCUUCCUCUUUCCUCUUCCUCUUUCCUCUUCCUCAUUCCUCUUCCUCUUUCCUCUUCCUCUUUCCUCUUCCUCUUUCCUCUUCCUCUUUCCUCUUCCUCUUUCCUCUUCCUCUUUCCUCUUCCUCAUUCCUCUUCCUCUUUCCUCUUCCUCUUUCCUCUUCCUCUUUCCUCUUCCUCUUUCCUCUUCCUCUUUCCUCUUCCUCUUUCCUCUUCCUCUUUCCUCUUCCCCUUUCCUCUUCCUCAUUCCUCUUCCUCUUUCCUCUUCCUCUUUCCUCUUCCUCAUUCCUCUUCCUCUUUCCUCUUCCUCUUUCCUCUUCCUCUUUCCUCUUCCUCUUUCCUCUUCCUCUUUCCUCUUCCUCUUUCCUCUUCCUCAUUCCUCUUCCUCUUUCCUCUUCCUCUUUCCUCUUCCUCAUUCCUCUUCCUCUUUCCUCUUCCUCUUUCCUCUUCCUCUUUCCUCUUCCUCUUUCCUCUUCCUCUUUCCUCUUCCUCAUUCCUCUUCCUCUUUCCUCUUCCUCUUUCCUCUUCCUCAUUCCUCUUCCUCUUUCCUCUUCCUCUUUCCUCUUCCUCUUUCCUCUUCCUCUUUCCUCUUCCUCUUUCCUCUUUCCUCUUUCCUCUUCCUCUUUCCUCUUCCUCUUUCCUCUUCCCCUUUCCUCUUCCCCUUUCCUCUUCCUCAUUCCUCUUCCUCUUUCCUCUUCCUCUUUCCUCUUCCUCUUCCUCUUCCUCUUUCCUCUUCCUCUUUCCUCUUCCUCUUUCCUCUUCCUCUUUCCUCUUCCACUUUCCUCUUCCUCUUUCCUCUUCCUCUUUCCUCUUCCUCUUUCCUCUUCCUCAUUCCUCUUCCUCUUUCCUCUUCCUCUUUCCUCUUCCUCAUUCCUCUUCCUCUUUCGUCUUCCUCUUUCCUCUUCCUCUUUCCUCUUCCUCUUUCCUCUUCCUCUUUCCUCUUCCUCUUUCCUCUUUCCUCUUUCCUCUUUCCUCUUUCCUCUUUCCUCAUUCCUCUUCCUCUUUCCUCUUCCUCUUUCCUCUUCCUCUUUCCUCUUUCCUCUUCCUCUUUCCUCUUUCCUCUUUCCUCUUCCUCUUUCCUCUUCCUCUUUCCUCUUCCUCAUUCCUCCACCUCUUUCCUCUUCCUCUUUCCUCUUCCUCUUUCCUCUUCCUCUUUCCUCUUCCUCUUUCCUC